UGAUCACGGCAUUCAGCAACACACGUUCAACUGGCAAGAUGACCACUCUCACUGCUAAGGACAAGCAAACAGUCAAGGCCUUCUGGGCUAAAGUGUCUGGAAAGUCCGAGGACAUCGGUGCCGCUGCUGUAGCCAGGAUGCUGGUGGUGUACCCACAGACCAAGACUUACUUCUCCCACUGGCAGGACCAGAGCCCCUACUCUCCUGCUGCCAGGAAGCACGGAAUAACUGUGAUGAUGGGAGUUGGAGACGCUGUGACCAAAAUCGAUGACCUGAAAGAAGGUCUCAAGGAACUCAGUGAGCUGCAUGCCUUCACUCUGCGUGUGGACCCUGGUAACUUCAAGAUUCUCUCCCACAACAUCCUUGUGGUCAUGGCCGUCAUGUUCCCCACCGACUUCACCCCUGAUGUUCAUGUGUCUCUGGACAAGUUCCUGGCUGCUGUGUCUCUGGCCCUGGCUGAGAAGUACCGAUAAGCAGCAGGAGAAGAAGAAGGAGAC